AUGUCGAACCGUCAGAUGGCCCGCGACAUGCAAGUCGAAUUCCAAGCCCGCUUCCAAGCCAAGCAGGCCCGCCGCGAGGCCCAAAAGGCCGCCAAGCAGGACCCCAUCCUCAAGAAGCAGAUCCAGGACCUCCUCAAGAAGGGCGAGACUCAAAAGGCCUACCAAAAGGCAAAGAUGCUGCUCUCCAAGCAGGCCCUCGCCCAGCAGAUGGACCAGAUGGCCGACAUGGCCGAGCUCUCGGCUGCCCAGAUCCAGGCCAACAAUGCCAUGAACCGCAUGACGCACAUGAUGGCUUCGUCGUCGCGAACCAUGAACAUGGCGCAGAAGAGCACAAACCCCGAAAAGGUGCGCAUUUAUUUGCUCUUGUACCCUCUGCGCGACAAGGCUAACAUGAUUGUCCAGACCCUCGUCACCCUCGAGCAGUUCAAGCAGCAAAACGAAGAAUACGCCAUGUCCAACGGCAUCUACCAAGACGCCAUCACCCAGUCCACAUCUACCCAAGUCGGCGAGGACGCCGUUCACGAGCUCCUCGGGAAGCUUGCCGACGAUGCCGGUCUCGAGCUCAGCAAGGAGCUCAGCCAGGCAACACCUUCCAUGGCCGAACCUCAGCAGGCCAACGAGCCCACCGCCGAGGAGGAAGAUAAGCUGCAGCAGCGACUACGGGCUCUGCGCGCAUAG